AGACGGUCGCUCUGCUCCAUCUGCCUGCGGAAAAACAAGAUAGUGAUAGUGUGCAAGAGAGAAGGCAAUCGGCUGUCGGAGUUGUUAUUGUUUACAUUACAAGGCGCGCGAAGAGUGCGAAAUGUUAUUGCUGUUAUUGCCACGCAGCAUGACCUAACGGAAUAGAAAAAGCUGAUAAAAACGGAAAUCGAAUGGAGUAAAUAAACUAUAAAACUAUGUUGUAGUGCAAAAGUUGAACGGAAAUUGAUAAGCGAGAAAAAACGAUCAUAGUUGCUGCGUUUUUUACCUGUGAAAGUUGUUUUAAAUGGCGAGAAUCUCAGCUGCAUUUGGAGCCGUCGGCCAGCAAGCAAUGUAACACUAGGAGCCGGAGCCUACAGCCACCAGCAUGCCCAGAUAGCGCUCGCAGGAUCCCCGUCCCGAUCUCAACCAGGAGCAGCAGCCAUCAGAUCACAUCCACGGAAAUUGAGGGAAACAACUGCGUAGAAGACAUGGCUCACUUCAGUGGUCAUCGCCAGCCGGCGGAGGUGCCGGUCCAUUUCAAAAAUCUCUUCACCAAUGGCCAAUUGGGAGCAGCGGAGGAGAAUAAUAACAACGACCAGAAUGAGCAGGAGAAUCGUCCCAAUAAUAAUAACAACAACAACGAGGGACCCUCGGAUCCCACCUGCUGGGUCUUUGGCUACGGAUCCUUGUGCUGGCAUCCUGGCUUCACCUACACCAAGUGCAUUACGGGCUACAUCAGGGGCUAUGUCCGCCGAUUCUGGCAGGGCAACGUCACCCAUCGCGGCUGUGAGGAGAAGCCUGGACGUGUUGCAACGCUCGUUAAGGACAAAGAGGGAAUCACUUGGGGUUGCGCCUAUAGAAUAACAGGCUGCACGGCUCUGGAUUAUCUCAAGCAGCGCGAGUGCACACUGGGUGGCUAUGCAACAAUUGAUACCAAGUUCUUCCCGCGCGUCGCCUCCCAGGACACGCCCUUUAGCGGCGAGGCGGUCGAGGUAUUAGUGUAUGUGGCCACGCCGGAGAAUAUCCACUGGCUGGGCGAUGAUCCGGUGGAGGAGAUUGCCCAGCAGAUAGCCACCUGCCGCGGACCGAGCGGCCACAAUGCCGAGUACCUGCUGCGCCUGGCGCUCUUUAUGCACGAGGAGAUUCCCGGCGUAAGGGACGAUCACCUGUUCGAACUGGAACGCCUGGUUCUGGAGGAGCUGUACCGCCGCCAAAUACCUCUGUCCUCGGUGAUGGGCCGCAAUCCGGAUAGGAUACGGCGCGACUCGCACGAGGACAUCCGCCGCCCGCCAUCCUUCGAGUUCACCUCCCGUGUGCCGGAUACGAAGCUGCGCUGCCUGAACAUUUGAUUGCCGGCAUGCUGGUGGCCGGAGAAGGCGGUUUCAGCUAGUGAUAGGCAGGCCGCUUUUAUUGCUACAGCAAAUUCCAAAUUAUUGAUCGACAUUUUAGCUUAUUAGGUAACCAGAGUCUAUCGCCAAAUUUGACGUAUUUUAUAAAAUUGUAAAUAAUCCUAGCCCUAACCGUAACCGCAGCAACUCCUCGAUAAGUGAUCUGAUUUAGACAAUAAGCUAGGAUAAGCCAGUCCGUAAGCACAAAUAACUUUUUACACGCAAAACUGUCAGGGAGUUAAAUUUAAACGAAAAGAAAUUAACACAA